AUGUCCGCCAUCCUCAUAACCGGCGCCACAGGAAAGCAAGGAGGCUCCGUGAUAAAGAGCCUCCUAGCCCAGAACGCCCCCUUUGACAUUCUCGCCGUGACACGGAGUGCGCAGUCUGCUUCUGCGCAAGGUCUGGCGCAGCUGUCGCCUAAGAUUCGUAUUGUGGAGGGGAACCUGGAUAACCCAGCUGGUCUGUUUGAAUCUGCUAAACGGCAGACGGAGAGACCGAUUUGGGGGGUGUUUAGUGUGCAGGCCGCGAAACCCGGAUCAGACCAGGAACUACAACAAGGCAUCGCCCUCGUAAACGAAUCCAUAACCCAAGGUGUCAAAUUCUUCGUCUACAGCUCCGUCGACCGAGGAGGCGAGAAGUCGAUCAAUAACCCAACGAAAGUCCCACAUUUCAUCUACAAGCACCAGAUCGAGAAACAUCUAAUCGAGAAGACGGCAGGAGGGAAUGGCAUGCAGUGGACGAUCCUCCGACCAACCGCGUUCAUGGAGAAUCUGAGUGCGGAUUUCUUUGGGAAGGUGUUUGCCACUGCGUGGGGGAUGGGGUUGAAGGGGAAGAAGCUGCAGAUUGUUGCGACGAGUGACAUUGGGUUCUUUGCUGCGAGGGCGUUUAUGGAUCCGAAGGAGUUCAGGGGGAAGUUCUUGUCACUUGCUGGGGAUGAGUUGACGUAUGAGGAGAUGGCGACGGUGUUUAGGCAGAAGAUUGGAAGGGAUGUUCCGACCACGUUCAGGUUCCCUGUUUGGCUGAUGAUGAAGGCUGUGAAGGAACUGGGCGUGAUGUUUCAGUGGUUUUAUGAUGAGGGAUAUGGUGCUGAUGUUGCUGCGCUGAGGAAGAUGCAUCCUGGUCUGAAGGAUUUCGGGACGUGGCUUCAGACGGAAAGUGGAUUUACAUAA